AUGAUAGGCACAUUAAAGCAUAGCAUGAGAGAUAUAAUAUCACAGUGCAUGAACUAUGAUGCCCAAAUGAAUGGAUCUAUUACACAGGAUAUGUUUUACAAGAUCUGUUCGAAUUUCGGAAUAAAUAUCAAUUCAAACCAAAAAAUAUCCAAUUUAUUCUCACAGUCAUAUAAUAAUGGCAAUGUCAGGUAUUUUCUAUUUGCCAAUUCCAUUUCGCAAGAAGAAAAUGAUGAUAAGUAUCAAAAUUGGUCAAAUCAAUAUUAUCAAAGAAAUCAAUAUUGUCAACCUGCAAGUACAGUCAAUUAUCAGCAGAGUUGCAUCAGUGAUGAUGAGAUCAAUAGUACAAUUAUCAAGCUAUCUCAAAAAGUUCUUGAUGAAAUGAGAUAUUCUGCAAGUGCGUGGAGCAAGUGGAAGAUUGAGAAGAAGCUACUUGAUCCAGAGUAUUUUUGCAAUGGACUUCGCAAGGAUUGUCAUUUAGAUAUACCAAUUGAUGUAAUGAGAGCUGUAUGCGAUAGAUAUGGAGGAGAUCUUACCCUUGCAUCAUUUGUCAAGAUAAUGAGCGAUGGUGCCAACAUGGGAACGCAUAUACAGGCCGGAUCUAACAAGUCACAUAUGCAAAACAGUUAA